AUGGAUGUUAAAUCCUCUCUGAAACUACUUCGAGGCUUACAUUCUCUUUGGUCUCCAUCUAGAAGUCAAGCUUUACCUGGAGAGAUUAGAUCUGCUAUGACCGUGGGUGAUGUUGAGAGGCUCAGUCAUCUUGAAGAAGAGAACCCUAAAUUGACAAAGAACCUUAAGGAUGUAAAUGGUGAACCAAAUGAAUCAGAUACACGAAAUUGA